GAUGGUAUGCAUAUGCUGGAUAAUGUUUGCCUUCAUUGGAGAGGGCUUUGUAUACAAGCCGCAUCCCACGCUGGCGCGUGCGGAGUAGACGAACCGAGCAGCAUUUUAGGUUCAAUCGCGGCGUUCAUUGCCAAUCAUAUCAUCACAUGCUUUGGCUGGACAGACCAGAAGGUCACAGACUGUCUAUUUGCUAAUCGCACGUCACAAUCUCAAGUACCCCUCGCAAGACGAACAUCAUGCAAACGAGAGACUCCAGAACCUAUGUGAUCCAGGAGAGAAGGCAGCGAGACGCAGACAGCAAGCUGCAUGUAAUCAUUGUCGGGGCCGGAUUAGGCGGACUUGGUGCCGCCAUCUCAACACUUCUCGCCGGACAUGACGUGACAGUCUUAGAAGCUGCCUCCAAUAUCGGAGAAGUCGGAGCCGGCAUCCAAGUCCUACCGAACGCGGCGCGGAUUCUCUUUUCCUGGGGUCUGGAGGAGAAGCUCGAGAAGUUCGCCACAAAACCCCAAAAAUGCAACUUCAUCGGCUGGAAGGGCAACUUCUUGUCCGACAUGGACUAUCACGCUUACACCGCUGCUGCGGGAGGCUUCCCAUUCUGGGACUUUCAUCGCUCCGACCUGCAUCGGUGCCUUCUCGAGCGGGCAGUCGAGCUCGGCGCCAAACUCGAAACCGGCGCCAAGGUCGACACGUUCACAGUCUCUCCAGACAACGCAACAGCGACGGUUUUCCUCGCCGACGGACGCAGAAUGUCUGCAGAUCUUGUCGUGGGGGCCGACGGCAUCAACUCGAAGCUGAGGGAAGAGUUCCUAUGCAGGCCGGAUCCGCCCCAGCUGACGGGAGAUCUGGCCUAUCGCCUCCUCCUGAACACUUCCGACAUGCUCAACGAUCCGGAACUGCGGAGCUUUGUAGAGAAUCCCCAGGUCAACUACUGGGUGGGCCCGGACAAGCACGCCGUCAACUACGUGCUCAAGGGCGGCAAGCUGUUCAACAUGGUUCUGCUUGUGCCGGAUGACAUGCCGAUCGACGGCGGCAACACCUUGCAAGGAGACAUCGAGGAGAUGAGGGGCCAUUUUGAGGGAUGGGACACAAGGAUCAGCAAGAUGCUGCAGAUGUGCGACGAGGUCCUCAAAUGGCGCCUCUGCAUCCGGCCUGGCCUGGAACCGACCUGGUCGCACCCAUCUGGCGCCUUCACGAUGCUCGGGGACGCUGUGCACGCCACUCUGCCGUAUCUUGCCAGCGGGGCCGGGAUGGCGCUCGAAGACGGCGGGGUCCUUGGUUUGUGUCUUGCACGGCUUACCGACAAGUCGCAGUCAUCAAAGCAGAAGGCCCUGAAGAUCUACGAAGACUGCCGCAGAGAGAGAACGGAAAGGGUCGUCCGCCGCGGUACCUACAACCAACGGAUGUAUCACCUUCACGAUGGUAAGGAACAGGUUGAGCGGGAUGAGAAGUUUAAGCGUUUUGGAGAAAUGGACGAGAAGUGGUUGAACGAAGACUCGCCUGUUUUGCCCGAGUCCCAGGAAACUGGGGAUGAUCCCUUUCCCUGGAGAUAUCAUGGCGUAGCAAGAUGGUUGUUGACGUAUGAUAUGUGGAAGGACGUUGAGUCAAAAUGGCCGUCAACUCCUACAGCCUUCUCGUCUCAAGACUGCCAAGUUCCCCGGGCAAGUUUAUAGAUACUUGGUCGAUGUAUACCGUCUCUGUUCUCAUUCAAAGUUUGGUUCUACUCUAUGUAUGACAAUGCACUCAAUCUUCUGAGUGAAAAGAAAAACAAAAAACAAAAAAAAAGCGAGAUGCUCUUUAUCAAAUAAGAUUGCGAUCUACACAUUAUGGAAACAUCUCUGAACCUUAUUAGUAAUUGCUG